CGGAUUCCCUGUUAUAAUUUAUUCAUUACACUCUGCCACCGAAUAAAAACUUUGACGAGACGAUAACAGCUUAACAGCGAAAAUGUUCUUACUGGUUGUUGAAAUAUUUACGACGGUGCAACGUAUCGUGUUUCAUUGGAAAUAUGUAUCAUAGCAACGUUUAGGAAGUAAGAACAACAACGUUGACGAAACAAGACCAGUAAUGCUUUUACCAAUGGAUUAUUCAAAUAAAUAUAAUGAUUUAAAAUGGGCAAUUAGUCUGCAUCGGAAUAUGUUACAAAUUAUCGGUUUGUGGCCACAACAGACAGAGGAUCAACAAGACAAAUUCUUUUUGACGUUUCGGAUGCUAUUAAACGUUUUCAUAAUAACUUCUAUAGUGACUGUACCGGCUUUAGUCCAACUGAUGAAAGUAUGGGGUGAUAUGCUUCAGAUAAUAGAUAAUUUGCAAUACACCCUGCCUUUUCUAGUAAUAGAACUUAAAAUCUUCGUUAUUUGGUACAAAAGAAGAGUUUUAUCGCUGUUAAUUAAUAUGAUUAUAAAAGACUGGUUAAAAGUAAAAAUAGAUCAAGAGCGAAAUGUCAUGCUAAAAAACGCCAGGAUCACCCGCUUACUUAUCAAAAGUGGAAUAUUUAUAUCAGUUUUUGCAGGGCUUAGCAGAAUAAGCUCUACAUUUUUUAGACAAUACUUUGAACACAUGAGAAAUCUCACUAAUCCUGAAGGAUCUUUUCCGAUACCUACAUAUUACUGGUUUGAUGUAACCAGCAGUCCGAAAUACGAGCUAAUAUAUCUGGCACAAAUAAUCGGGAUGAUUGCAGGCGGUCUCACUUAUGUCGCAGUCGACAAUUUUCUUGGAUUAUUGAUCUUACAUGUAUGUGGUCAGAUGGAGAAUCUGCAUCUACGAUUAAUGAAUCUGAGGAAGGAUCCAAAAUUCAGAACGGUUUUAAAGUACAAUAUUAAAGAGCACAUCCGUUUGAUAAGAUCUGUAGAAGCCAUUGACAGCACGUUCAAUUUAUUGCUGCUGGCCAUGAUAGGCUUUUUCAGCAUUCUCUUUAGUCUUCAUGGAUUUCUAAUAAUUAACGCUGUUAAUCGAGAUAGUAAUUUGUCUAUCACACAAUUGGCUUUUUAUAUUUCCGCGGGUGUAACUGUUUUAAUGAACACUUGUCUUUAUUGUGCAGCAGGCGAACUUCUCGUGAUUCAAAAUGAAAAAAUACAUAGCGCUACAUGGGAAUGUAUAUGGUAUAUUCUAGAGCCGAAAGCAACGAGAAAUUUGAUAUUAAUUAUGCUCUGUGCAAAGAAACCACUCAAUAUCACAGCGGGAAAAAUAUUCCCAAUGACAAUGUCUACAUACUGCAACUUAUUAAAGACGUCGGCGGGUUAUAUGUCUAUGUUACUUGCUCUUCGCAAUUAAUAAACAUCUGAUGAUUAUGGAAACAACGGAAAAGGCAAUGUCACUUCAGUGUCUUUGCCAAGUUUGAUUUCACGGCGCAGAAAUGUAAACAGUAAUAUGCAUAAAGCAGUAGCUGUUUAUCAUAGUCGCAUAAUUAUAAAUAAAACAAAUGGCCUCUUUUUGCGAGAGCUUAUUAAUUGUGAUAAAAAAUUUUAGCACAUAGUAUAGUAUUCACCUAGUGGUGCCAAAAUUAGCUUAUACGUCACAAAAAGUUUUUCUUUGAUUUGUUUUCUUAUUUGCUUUACUAAUAUAAAAAAAACAAAAAUCUGGUAGAACUCUUUAUUUCAUUUUUUUCUGAUUUGCAGUAAUUUAAGAUAUUUUAAUAUAAUACUCGAAUUUCACAAUUACCUAAAAAAGCUUUGGAAUAUUUUCUCUUCGAAUAAAAAUAUGAAAAAUGACAUUUCUCAAUAUAGUAUCAUUUUUGUUGUACAAAAAAUAUAUUGUAUACGCAGAUAAAAGAAAAAUAAAAAUUAUAGCACUAAUAAUUUAAAAACUCUUGUUUUCCUGUUAUAAGUAUUUUAUUGUUAAAGUGUUUUUAAAGCAUAAACAUUCGGAUAUAAAUAGUACGCAGUCUUUCAGCAUAAAUUAGUCGAAUUAAUAUAGUCAAAUUAUUACCUGUCACAUAUUUCUUGUUGUCAUUAUGUAAUUUCUCAACUUGCUGAUCAAAACAACACUGUAGCUAUGCAUUAAUUGAUAAUUUAAAAUCUAAUGAUGGAAUGUAACAUAAUUGAUUAAUAAACGUAAUUACAAUACACUUAUAAUUGCUUCAA